AUGUCUAAAGAAAAAAAUUGUCAUCGGUACUUUGCUGUAAGUAAAAAAAUGCCGAAAGAUGUAAAGCGCCACUGCGGAAUGUGUCGGCAACACGGAAUGCUUGUAGAAACACGUGGCCAUCAUUGUAAACGGAAAAAUUGCAACUGCUUAAGAUGUUUGCUCAUACGUCAACGUCGAAAAAUUAUGAGUACGCAGAUCCGUAUACGCCGUGCUCAAGAUAAAAUAUUCCAACGUACUUCGGAGCUCACUCAAGCAACUAUCACUCCUCAGAAUUACUUUGAUAAAAAUGAUACAACAACAUAUCAUCUUCGAAAUGCAACUAAAACAAAUACUAUAACCCAAAAUCAAUGCUACAUUUGUCAGAAAUGCAAAAAUCAUGGUGUUUUGGUAUGGAAGAAGGAACAUAAACGACAUUGCUUGUAUGCAAACUGCAAAUGUGAUCAAUGUGAAUUGAUUGAAAAGAGGCGGAAAUUGGAUCAAAUUUUGAAGGCCUCAAAAUUUAAAUCAAAUGAACACGAAAAAGAACGGCAAAAGCAUGUGCCAAUAUCAGUAAAUUCAAUUUCCGAUUCAAAUAUGCUGCCGAUUGUCAACUUCGAUAAUCAGUUGUCAAGGCAAACUUAUGAUCAAGAUAUUGCUGAACUAUUAAUUCCUCAAUUGGAGUCAUCAUCUUAUACGUUGCUGAAAACAACACCUCAAACGAACAUAUCAAUUGUAACCUUCGAUGAAUCCAAGAAAUCCGAUACAGCACCACCGAAUAAUCUGGUAUAUCCCAUACCACUCAGGCCACAAUCUUUUUUAUUACCUAUGCCGGUGUUACGUGAAAAACCAAAUGUGAGUAACGAGGGGAAUGAUUACGAUGAAGAUGAAAGUAUAAGAGAUUCGGAGAAAAUAAGAAAGAAAAAAGAAGGCCGUGGACGGAUAUUAUCAAAACUUCGAAACAUUGGCCGACGUGUGAAAUCACGUAUUCGACGUGAACAGUCAGUAUCAUCACAAUCAACGGAAUAUGAUUUUGGAAGAGAUGAAGACAACAAAUCGGAGGGCAUAAAAAUUGAGCAAGCUGAAAGUGAGUACACGGAAACACCAAUGCAAACCACCGAUGCAGUAUCAUCGGAUCAAGAGUUGGAAUACGAAAUAACUCACUCAACAGAUGGCUCGUCUGACAGUAUCGCAUCACGUAGGCACCGGAUAGUUGUUAGUGGUGAUAAAAUAAACCAAGAAAUGACUAAAGUGGAAGAUGUGAAGGAAGAUGACGAUCCUAACGUGUUGCAAUUGUUUACUGUAAGCUUCAACAUUUAUUGA